UGUGCUUUGUUGAAAAGGGGCGGGGAGGGGGGAAGUAAGAGUUCCUUCCGGUCGGAAUACUCAGAGCAGCUGCACAGCAGGAGAUGAAUGGCGGACGCGUGGGAACAGGCCCUCUGGAACAUUAUUGGCUCCCGUUUCUAACUAGUUGUGGGGCUGGGGUCCCCGAUUAAAAUCUGGAGAGAGACAGAGAGACCUUGGGAGGCAGUAGCGAAGUUGCUUUGCCAAAGAUGUCUGCUGAGCAGGAGAUGCCGUCAGAUUUGGGUGCUGCUUUCCCAGAGGAGCUGGAUGGGGUGGUGCUCUCGGAGACGGAGGAAACAGCAGACCCCACGGCGUGGGCAGAAGGGAUGAACAGCCCUGGGGCCACCCAGACCAGCAGUAUCGGGGAUUUUCUGCUGAGUUCGCCAGGGCAAUGCGUUAAACAUGAGCCAGGUCAGGGGCUGCUUCUGCAUAAAGAGACCCGGUGGCAGGAAAUCCUGAGCACAGUGGAGUCGCAUAGUUCCGACGGUACAGGCCAGCAGAUGCCGGACCCCCAUCGCCAAGAGGGUGCCCAGCCUUCUCCAGCCUUCGUCAAGGUGAAGGCAGAUGCCAGCCGGUGCCCCACAGAAGAGCGGGAGACCCAAACCCAGGCAGGCUUUGGCAGAGAGACCCCCCUGAGCCUGGACCCCUCUGGGCUGCUGAAGGAAGAAGAGGCCCCUAAGGAGGACAUGGUCAUCUCGGAGAUCCAGCGCCAACGCUUCCGACAGUUCCGUUACCAAGAGGCGGAGGGGCCCCAGGAGGCCUGCAGCCGCCUCUGGUUCCUCUGCUGCCGGUGGCUGAAGCCGGAGAGGCACACCAAGGAGCAGGUUCUGGAGCUCAUCAUCCUGGAGCAGUUCCUGGCCAUUCUGCCACCCGAGGUCCAGAGCCAGGUCAUGGAGGGUUGCCCAAAGAGCUGUGCCCAGGCGGUGGCCCUGGCUGAGGGAUUCCAGCAGAGGAAGCGGAAGCCUGAGAGGCUGGAUGAAGAGGUGCCAAUAAAAGAGAGGGGCCUGGAUUUCUCUGUGACAGAACAGGCACUGCUGGAUUGUGAGCAGAACCAGGCCUUUGGGGAGGGUGACGCUCAAGUCGCUGACUCGUUGGUAGGGGAAGAGCUGAUGAGUACGAAUGAAGAGCGAGAUCACCCAGAAGGUUCCGAUGAAGAAGCGAAUGGGGUAGUGAUGGGCAGCCUGGAAGAGGAGGGUCCCCAGUGUGAUGAUGAGCCAGAAGAAGUUGCCAGAAGUUGGCAGGGGCCCAAGGAACAUCAAGGAAGUUCUCUAGAGGAGGAAAUAGAAAGUCCUAUUGCUCAUAAGAGUGACGAACCCCUUGGUGAAACCACAACACAACAGAAAAUCCACAUGGUGAAGAGUGAGAAUACUGGUGUUGAUGAUGGCAGCUUUCCGGACAGCUCAAGCAUCAUCGAAGUUAAAGUAACCCACACAGGCAACAUGCCCUAUAAGUGCUUGGAUUGUGGGAAGAGCUUCAAUUACAGCACCAGCCUUGUCAGGCAUCAGAGAAUCCACACGGGAGAGAAGCCGUACAAAUGUUUGGACUGCGGGAAAUGUUUCUGCCAAAGUUCAGGCCUCACAAUUCAUCAGAGAAUCCACGCAGGGGAGAAAGCCUAUCAGUGUCUGGACUGUGGAAAAAGCUUCCGGGUGAAGUCGCACUUAAUCAGGCACUCCAUAAUUCACAAGGGAGAGAAACCAUAUAAAUGCUCUGAAUGUGGUGUUGGCUUCUGUGAAAGGUCGGAGCUUAGAAUCCACCAGAGAAUUCACACAGGAGAGAAGCCGUAUAACUGUGCUGACUGUGGGAAAAAUUUCUGCCGGAAGGCAGAUCUUACACUGCAUCAGAGAAUCCACACGGGAGAGAUGCCGUACACCUGCUUGGAGUGUGGGAAAGGCUUCCGCUGGAGCUCAAACCUGAUUACACAUCAGAAAACGCACUCAGGGGUGAAACCUUUCGAGUGCACUGAGUGUGGGAAGAGCUACUAUUCCAACAUGAGCCUUAUUAGACACCAGAGAGUCCACACAGGAGGUACCCCGUAUAUAUGCUCUGACUGUGGGAAAAGCUUCUGUGAUAGCACCAGCCUUACCAGGCACCAGAAGAUCCACACGGGAGAGAAGCCCUAUGUCUGUAUGGAUUGUGGGAAAAGCUUCAACCGGAACUCCAACCUCAUUUCACACCAGAGAACCCACACGGGAGCAAAGCCAUUCCUGUGUGUUGACUGUGGGAAAAAUUUCAGGUCUAAAUCGGAACUUCACAGGCAUUACACGGUCCAUGUGGGAGAGAAAAGUGAGAAAAGCUUGGCUGGUGGGGAUCCAGAGAGUAUUUCAUGUGAGAAGACUAACAGUGAACAGGAAGUUAGAAAUGAAUAGAGAAGGGCUGGGGAGGAGGUCUGUUUCUUUUUAAGAAUGUAAUAAGGCGUGCAAUGUAUCGUCCCAUCAGUUGAUGUACUUUUGACACUUUCCAAAGGAAAAGGAAAAUAACGCAAAGCAAUCUCAAGACUUUAAAUUCCUGUCUCAAUCAAUCACUUCUGGAUUCUGGUAGCCAUCACUGCAUCUUCUAAUUUUUCUCCUCCCCUUGUCUCAGCUGGGGUUCAUGGGAAACUUUUUUUAAACAAAACCUUCCUCGUUUCUUUCUUCCCCUUUGCCCCAGUUGGGGUUCAUGGGAAACUUAAAACAAAAAAACUUUCCCUUUUUAUUUUUUAAAAAAAUCUUACUGCGUGCUAAUUUAUAUCAGGAAUUGCUGCUCCUUGCAUGAUUUGAAAUGCAAACUUAUUAAUAAUACUCCCUUUGUUUUUGUUGGUUUUUAAAAACACUAAUGUUUUUGGCAUUUUUGUUCAUGGCACUUGUAUUCCGGGGCCUGCUGUGGUCAGGUUGCUUCCAUGCCUUGGUAACAGAGCUCAGUCUCUGCUGAAGGCCUUUGUCGAUAAUCUCUCUCUGCUUGGAGACUUAACGGGGAGACAUUGCACUCUUGAUCUCCCAGGGGCCUUUACAGUAGUAAAAUCAUGCAAGGUUUGCUACUCAGUCAGAUAUAAUUCAACAUUAGAAUGAUACCUGGCUAAUACUCUUUAAGUAUUUAAAUGUAGAGUUUCUUUUUUCCUUUUUGAAGUACUUACUAAGUUAUUAGAAAGCAUUUUGGAGGCCUGAAAGGCAGACAUUUAAUAAUAAUGUUUAUUAAGCUUUUCUUUGUUCUUCACUCUGAUAGGGCAGCAUUUCCUAAUGAGCUUGUGCAGGUUUCUCUUAAGAGUGCCCUAAUCUGUGUGCAACUCCAUUAAAAGAAUGUUCAUUUCUUCCUAUUAUGUAUUGCAUGAUAUUCCCUAGGUGGCAAUUUAUUAUUAAUUUUUUCCUCCAUAAUUAACAUGCUCUGAACACGUUUAUUCAGUAAAGUUUG